AUGUCGAGUGCCAUCGACGGCAGUUUGAGGCGUGGGUCGCAAAAUGAGGAUCCGAAGGAAAUAUACGACGCCAUCUCACAUGAACUCUCACAGAUAUACCACCCAUACAUCGACAUAGAACUCUUGCCCAAGGGGUUCGAAACAGAACUCAAGAAUACCUACUUUGUCAAGGAGGAACAUUGCCUCGCGAUACCCAAACUUAGGCUCGUCCAAGCAUUCACAGCGGCUCGCCAAAUACUCAUAAGCCAUCUGAACAAGCCAGGCAGCAUAUCCACGGAUGAUGUACGGAAAGCAACCAGCGUCAUGUUACUCAUGGACUCCGAGCAUCUCACGGCCGCCAACACGAGAAAGCGACUACUCUUGCGGCAGACACUCGCAGCGUGUGAGCGGAAAGCAGAGCUUGGAAGGGAAAUGUACUUUGUGAACAGUUUACUCUCAAGCCACCUUCAUCGGCAUACGAAAUCGCCCGUAUUAUGGAGCCACAAACACUGGCUUCUACGGCAAUACCUGGAAGCAAAGGUGCCCAUAGACCUGAUGCACGACCUCGAAAGCGUGGUUUUCGUUGCAGCAGAAAGACACCCCAAGAACUAUUACGCAUGGACAUAUGCGAGGGACUUGUUCGUCUCCAGAGCCAAAGUCAAGCCAGGCUGGGACGCGGAGCAAGACGAAGAGCUUAUGAGAAUGACAGCCAAAUGGUGUCGCCUUCAUCAUGACGACAUAUCCGGCUGGUCGUUUUUGCUGCAUCUCGCACUAGGAUCCCCACAGCACGCCCAAGAGAUAUUCAGGCAAACAGCAAGGCUGGUGCAGACUUACACCUGGCGCGGAGAGUCGGUGUGGAAUUUCCUGCGGACCUUGGUGCUGGUUCCCGCCAUGAGAGACAGCUCGGAAGUUAGGCAGAGUUUUGUUGAUUUGUGGCAUCAUGUGCGACAAGACAUACGGGAUGCGCAGAGCUUGGAUGCCAAAGUUUUGGAUAGAGCUGCGGCCUGGGCCGAAAUACCCAGACCGUAA